AUGAUGCUGUCCUUUCUGAAGGAGGAGCACCUUCAUGUUGACCUCACAGAACAGCACGCAGCACCUCCUCAACACUUCAUCGCAGGCGCUUCACGUUCACAGCACACAGAUUGGUUGGACUCUCAGUUUGCCGAGGAGGGCUGGGUCCCAUAUUACUCUGCGUCUCCUUACGUCAGUGGUCAUAACGGCCACCAUCACUUCAGCGGCGAGAUCCAAUCACCUGCACACAGACCAUGCAUCGUGCACAAAGAGCCGCUUGGGCACUUUUUGUCAGGCUCUGGCAACAUUCGCUCUGAAUUGCAUACAGAGUGA